UUAGCUACUCUAGUUAGGAUCUAGGGUUCAUCCUAUUCGCCAAAUGCAACCAAUUCGGGGCAUCUAUGUCAAUAAUUUCGCGGCAUCUGCUUGUUGCUCGGUGCCUAACUUCCCUUCACACUCAUACAUGAGAAAUUCAUCUCAACGACCCGGGCCACACACGCGGCUGACUGGAAGCGGCCGGCUAGAGGGGAGCGGCGACGGCUGCUGGAGGCGCGCACCGCGGCAGCCGGAGGGGAGCCGUUGUCUUCUCCGUCGUCGAGCCCCCUUCCCCCGUCUGCUGCUGAUCAGCAGGUCAUCUAAUUACAGCAGAGCAUUGUACUAAUUGUAAAGCUGAGAUCGUAAUAGUGUGCAGCUUGCGUAUGAGGAGAGGAGAUCGUAAUAGCUCCCUUCUCCGUUGUAGCCAAAUUAUUGUUGAAUCCCAUUCCUUUUCCUCUUUCAAAACCAUGCUAGGACUGUGACAGCGGAGGUCGGCGGCGAGCCGGCGAUGGAGACCGUGUCCUCGGAGACGGCGUAGGACUGGCGCCGCGCGCUCUCCCGCGUGGUGCCCGCCGUCGUCGUCCUCCACGCCACCGCGCCGCGCGCCUUCGACACCGGGGUCGCGGGAACCAGCCAUGCCACGGGCUUCGUCGUCGACAAGUCCCGCGGCAUCAUCCUCACCAACCGCCACGUCGUCGGGCCUGGGCCUGUGGUCGCGGAGGCGAUCUUUGUGAACAGGGAGGAGAUACCCGUGUACGCCAUCUACAGAGAUCCUGUACAUGAUUUCGGUUUUUUUCGCUAUGACCCACCUGCCAUAAAGUACCUUAAGUACGAGGAGAUCCCUCUAGCACCUGAAGCAGCAUCUAUGGGGCUGGAAAUUCGGGUUGUCGGUAAUGACAGCGGCGAAAAGGUUUCAAUCUUGCCGGGAACAUUGGCUCGAUUUGAUAGAGAAGCACCAAACUACCAAAAGGAUGGCUACAACGAUUUCAAUACAUUUUACAUACAGGCUGCAUCUGGUACUAAAGGUGGCUCUAGUGGUUCCCCUGUUGUUGAUUGCCAAGGAAGAGCUGUUGCACUGAAUGCAGGAAGCACCAGUUCCAGUGCUUCGGCCUUCUACCUUCCAUUAGACCGUGUAGUUAGAGCACUCAAUCUGAUACGUGGCUGUCGGGACCCAUUUGGCAGCAAGCCAGAAUCUGCGUAUAUUCCUCGUGGUACACUUCAGAUGACUUUUCAACACAAAGGUUUCGAAGAAACUCGACGUCUUGGACUCAGGAAUGAAACCGAGCAGAUCGUAACACAAUUUCUCACUAUGGAGUCCUUACUUGAUGAGAGCGUUGGCAGGGAGAUAAAUUUGCAGGUCGAAAGAGGUGGAACUCCUUUAACAGUAAAGCUGAAGGUAGGGGAUUUGCACUCCAUAACUCCAAAUCAUUUCCUGGAAGUUAGUGGUGCUGUCAUCCAUCCACUUUCAUACCAGCAGGUAAGCUACCCUGCUUUCAUUAUUCUUUUCUGAGCCGAAUAGCCUAUGCUCUCAGAGUCUCAGUGUCGUUCUCAAGGAAACCAUAUGUAUUUGUUUCUGUAGUAUUAUGCCUUGAAGAACAUUUUAAUGCAAAUAAAAUUUGG